CAAAUUCCAGCUCUUGAAAUGCUGCUCUUGUAGGAAAAGAGAAACCAAUGGUGGAAAGAUCAAGUGUUUGUGUUUGAGUUGAUUGUGGAAUUGGAAUCCCUCCAUUUGGAGGAAAAAAUCCUAGAGGUUUUGGAAAAGGCGUGUCUUGGAUCUGUGCUCGCCACAAUUUGCGAGAUAGAGACUGGUGUGGAAUGGUUUUUCAGGUCAUGCACACAAUGCGCGUCAUUAGUGACUGUGGUUUAUGGAAAGCUUUGUUGCAAAAAAUGCACCCAAUGCAAGAGUUUAAACUACAUGUUAUCGUCAUGGACGACACUGAAUCAACCACAUUUGUGUUGUUCGACCGAAUUGUUUCUAAUUUUAUCAGACGUUCUGUCGAAGAACUGCUCGAGACACAUAGUCAAGGAGAUUAUCCAGCUGAAUUUGACAUGGUUUUGGACAAACAGAUGUUGUUCAAGGUGGAGUUUAGCAGAGGGAAUGUGAAUUUUAAGUGGAGGUACUAUACAGUCAAGAAAGCUACAGCUGAGGAUGACAUAAUUGAGCAGUUUAUAAGAAAGCAUAACCUUAAGGUUUCAAGUGAAUCUGAUGUUCUUGGUGAUAUCAAUGAUCUGACUGACAAAGUUGUUGAAAAUCAGUCACAUUUUUCAGGGCUAUGAACGUAGAAAUCGUAACGAAGAAUCAUGGUUGUAUUGCUCUGUUGCAGAAUUAAUUUCUCUGUUAUCUUGCAAGGGUAACUAUAAAGUUCACAUUUACAGGACCCAAAAAAAAUUGUUUUGAUCUGCUUGAAGAAUAUAUUUUACAACUCACUUGAUUGAUACUAUAAUUCUCUUUUAUGUAAUAUUUUAACGUGGGUCCUUAUUCAUUCGACAUUUUUUCAAAAUAUGUCUCAUUAAACAGUUCUAGGAAAGUAAAUUUGUUGCAUUCGUAGAACAAUUCUCCCGUUUGUAUCAUAACUUCUAAUGUAAACAACAAGUACAUAUAUUUGAUUUUCUCUGUUGUGCUUUUGGAUCA